UGACAACAGUACUAACAAUUUAUGUUUUAAUGGGCCCAAGUGGCAGAGUAAAUAAAUCUGCCAAAGCUCUGACAUUCCCUGAGCCUCUUCCACACAAACACUACCACAGUUUUCUGUAACAUUAACAGCAGCUGUGUGAGAUAUUCACUCUGACAAACACAUCACCCAAAUGUCAGACUCUUACACCACCACAGAUUAUGUCUAAUGCCAGUCACCGUCACCUUUUUCUGCACUUAGCUUCCACUAGUUUUUAACGUGCCUGGCUGAAGGUUUAGAUCGGACACCUUAAAUCAACAUUAAUUUUGAAUAUGCACCAAUGUGGGGGAUGCACUCAACAGUGAGUCCCAUCCAUGUUUUAGUGCCAGUUAUGUGACAUUUAAAUGAAAUAAAAGCCCUGUGUUGAAAGUUUAACUUUUUGUUUUCACUCCUUGAACCAUCUCUAUAUGAGAUGUUUUAUGUUUAUGUUCAAGAUAAUGGUGAUUAACUAUCAACUAUAGUUGAGAGGAGGACGAGGGUCAUAUUUAGAAGUCUGCACACCCUGACGUUUUGUGCUCUGGAUUUCAGGGAAACAUCUGCUCCUGCCAGAAAAUGAAAGUGAAAGUAGAUGAAAACUAACACACUGGUCCUACAGCACAGCGGGUCAUAUGAGGACGGCUGCUGGUGGAAAAUGGCAGGCAGCGUCGCAGCAACCAUCCACAAAGCCGCUGCUUUGGUUUUAGCAGUUUUCGCUGACCUAUCGUUGUUUUACGCUUCGGGACUUGCAGCGACUCACAGCGUCGUUGGGCAUCUUGGGCGUCUCUGGGUUUCCGCGGCUCUGCGGGCCUUGGCACUAACUGCUGUAACUCUGUUCACCCUGGGAGACCUCAGACCGUGGUUGAUCCGUUUCAUAGCGGCGUACACUUUGCUGCCCGCGGUGUUUGAGACCGGGACCAAGGCGCUCUACCAUGAGGAGAGUCAGUGUAGCCAAAUGGCUGGUGUGCGCUGCUGGCUGAUGUGCGCCGGAGCGUCGCUGGCUGCUGCGCUGUUUUGGGAGAUCACCGUCCCGGACACGGACGAAGAGGCCGCUGGUAAAAAGAGCAAACAGAAGGCCAGAGUGCUGUUUGUCAGAGUGCUUCUCCUGUCUUUACAUGACUAUAUCCUGCUGCUUGGAGGGCUUGUGUUUCUGUCGCUGGCUGUUCUCUGUGAGAUGUUCAUCCCGUUCUACACCGGGAGAGUCAUUGACAUCCUGGGUGGUCAGUACCAGCAGAAUGAGUUCCUGUCUGCGCUCCUCUUCAUGAGCCUGUACUCUCUGGGAAGCUCUGUGAGUGCAGGCUGCAGAGGGGGUACCUUACUUUGUGCCAUCAGUUCCUUCACCUGCAGAAUGAAAGUCAAGCUGUUUGAGGCUUUGACCAAACAGGAUAUUGAAUUCUUUGAGACCACAAAGACAGGUGACAUCACAUCCAGGUUGUCUAAAGACACCACCCUGAUGGGAAGAACUGUGUGUCUGAAUGUCAACGUGCUGCUGAGGACAUUCAUCAAGACGCUGGGCAUGAUCUCUUUGAUGAUGAAUCUCUCCUGGAAGCUCACAUUCCUCGUCUUGAUGGAGACGCCCAUCACCGGCCUCAUUCAGAACCUCUAUGACACACACUACCAGAGGCUGUCUCUGGAGAUGCAGGACUCAAUGGCUGAGACAAACGAAGUGGCGAGUGAGGUAGUGUCUGGUAUUCACGUGGUACGGAGCUUUAACACAGAAAAACAAGAGGCCUGUCGCUACGACAAGUGCUUGAUGAAAAUUCACAAACUCAAGACCCAUCGGGACCUUGUCACAGCUGCUUAUCUGCUUGCCCGGAGGUUGACAGGGUUGGGCAUGCAGGUCAUCAUGUUGUACUACGGCAGGCUGUUCAUCCAGAGGGGCCAGAUGACCACUGGCAACCUGGUUUCCUUCAUCCUCUACCAGUCAGACCUCGGAGACAACAUCAGGUCACUCACCUACAUCUUCGGUGACAUGCUGAACUCGGUGGGGGCUGCUGGGAAAGUGUUUGAGUACCUAGACCAAAAACCUAAGGUCAGCACAGACGGAAAACUGAAACCUGAUCAGCUGACAGGACACGUCAGCUUCCACCGUCUCACCUUCGCCUAUCCUACAAACCCCAACAAAGCAGUGCUGCAGGACUUUUCUUUGGAGCUGAAGCCGGGUCAGAUGACAGCCCUGGUGGGCCCAUCUGGAGAAGGAAAAAGCACCUGUGUGAGUCUGCUGCAGCAUUUCUAUAAGCCGGAGGAUGGAGAAAUCCUAUUGGACAACGAACCUCUGAAAUCCUAUGACCACCGUUUCCUCCACAAGAAGGUGGCGGUGGUGAGCCAGGACCCUGUGCUCUUCUCUGACUCCAUCAGAUACAACAUCACCUACGGGUUGGCUGACUGCUCACAGGAUGAGGUCCAGGAGGCGGCACGCAAAGCCAGCGCCCAUGACUUCAUCAUGCAGCUGCAGAAAGGCUACGAUACAGAGGUGGGUGAGAGAGGCGGCCAGUUAUCCAAGAGUGAGAAGCAGCGCAUUGCCAUCGCUCGAGCUCUCAUCAGACAGCCACAGGUCCUCAUCCUGGAUGAAAUAACCAGCUCUCUGGAUGCUGAAAGUGAAAAUAAGAUUCUGCAGGAGCUGGCUCGUUGUCCCACCCAGACCGUCCUGGUGGUCGCUCACAAGCUGACGACCGUUGAGAAGGCAGAUCAGAUUGUUGUGAUUGGUGGUGGUAAGGUGGAGGAGCGAGGGACUCACCAGGAGCUGAUGGACCUGAGGGGGAGCUACUACAAACUGAGAGAGAAGCUGUUCACAGCUGAUGAUGUAGCUUGAUGAAUACUGGGAGAGAACUGUGGUGAAUGACUGUGUUGCAUGUGUUUGCCUGCAGGAUCAGCAGCAGCUGAGCUGAUAAGCUUUGUGGUAGUGAGCUGAAGUUUCUGUAAAUAUUAAAAUCAGAGUUUGUAUAGAUAGUGAAAAUCAAGCUGUAUAGACUUUUAUGAUUCUACUUAUAUUUAUUUUGCAGACGGUUUGGAUUAGAUGUUUAAUCACAUUUUUGAGUGAAGGUUUUCUAAUAGAUAUAUUCUCUGUGUAAGUUUCCAUGUCAUGUCCUUGUAUUUGAUAAAGAUAAAUAAAAGUCUAACACAACAACACACACAGGCGACACCAUUUAUUAUCAGUGGUCAAAGGUUGGUUCAUGGGUAAGUCCUGAAUAAAAGACUGAUCAGCAGUGUCAGACAUUUUGGAUCAUGAGCAAUGAUCCAAUUUGUUUCCUGCCAGAAUGUCAGUAAAACAGAUUGGUUUUGUUUGGGCUGUAGUUUCCAGUCUUUUCACCAAAAACAUUGCCAGGACGCUGACAUAAAUGAAAACCAGAGCAAACAUGGAGGACAAAGGCUUCAUCCA